UUUGUAUUUAUUCAUAUUGAAUCCGCUUUAUUAUUCUCCUCGCAUCAAAUCCACAAACAAAAGUUUAUUUGUUCCUUUUUUUUUUUGUUGUUGUCGGCUCCUCUGCUUUCGUUUCAAAUUCUUCCGUUUCAAUCCGGUUUAUAGCGGUUUUCAGCAAUGUCGGUAAGAUUUUUGAUCGCCACGAGAUGGUAACUGUCAAAGUUAGCAACGUUUCUCUUGAUGCAACAGAACGUGAUCUCAAGGAGUUCUUCUCUUUUUCCGGUGAUAUUGCUUACUUUGAGAUGCAAAGCGAGAAUGAAGGUUCCAAAUUAGCAUAUGUCACAUUCAAGGAUUUACAAGGAGCUGAAACCGCAGUUCUCCUCACAGGAGCCACAAUUGUUGAUUCAUCAGUCAUAGUCUCUAUGUCACCAAACUACCAACUUCCUCCUGAUGCUUUAGCUUCCAUUGAAUCAUCAAAAGAGAGCAACAAAUCACCAUCUCCUUCCCGCGAAGAUGUAUCGGUAUUUAGAAAAGCUGAAGAUGUUGUAAGCAGUAUGAUUUCAAAAGGGUUUAUUCUAGGGAAAGAUGCCAUAGCUAAAGCGAAAAGUUUUGAUGAGAAGCAUCAGUUAACAUCAAUAGCUUCAGCUAAAGUCACUUCUUUCGACAAAAGAAUCGGAUUCACCGAGAAACUCAAUACCGGGACAACGGUUGUGAGCGAAAAAGUUAAAGAAGUUGAUCAAAAGUUUCAAGUCACUGAGAAAACCAAAUCAGCGAUAGCUGCAGCUGAGCAGACAGUGAACAAUGCUGGCUCGGCUAUAAUGAAAAACCGGUAUGUGUUAACCGGUGCUACGUGGGUUACGGGAGCAUUUAACAAAGUGACUAAAGCUGCUGAAGAAGUCGGACAAAAGGCGAAAGAGAAAGUUGGUUUGGCUGAGGAAGAAGAAGAGGAGAAGAAGAAAGUGGUUGAUGAAGUUGCUGCUAAUGUUCAUUUGUUUGAAAAACCAAAGGGUUUAGACCAAUCAGAACAAGGUUCGAAACUCACUGAAUCACAACCGCAGCCACCAAAGGAGUUUACUCCAAGUGUUGCAUCAGCUCAACCUUGAGAUACAUAUAAGAAACUUUCUCCAAACGUUUGGAACAAAGAAGCUCACUUUUUAGGACAGAGCUUAUAUUUUCCAAUAACAUUGGAUUGCAAACUCUUGUUGUUGUCUUUCUCCCUUACAAGAAAAUGGUGAAGAAAUUUUGGAAAAAUGCUUAAAUUGAAUCUCU